CACAUUUCCAGAAACUUCUGGCUUUCGAACGCCAAAAAUAGUCGUUUUGCUACGUUAACCUGGGCGUUUUGGUGUCAGAAGGGUGAAGUUUGUGUAUCUUUGACUGAAUAAGAGCUCCGUGUGCUGGACGGUGACACACCACCAUGGACCCUCGAAAAGUGUCCGAACUCAAGGGCUUCGUGCAGCUGUGCGAGUCCAACUCGGGGAUCCUGCAUCUUCCAGAGAUGAGCUUCUUCCGGUCGUGGUUGCAGAGUAUGGGUGCAACAAUUCCCCCUGAAGAAAAGAAAAAGGAUUCGUGUCAGGGCGGGUGUCCCUGUGGUCCUCCUCCUUCAGCAGCUUCGCCUCCUGAACCCGAGCCUGCUGUGGCGUCUGAGAGCGAGGAGAGUGAAAUAGAAAUCGACAAUGAGGGAGUGAUCGAGCCGGACCUGGAAGAACCGCAGGAAAUGGGCGAAUUUGAAAACGCUGAGGUCACAGAAGAGAUGAUGGAUCAGGCCAGCGAGAAGAAGGUCGAGGCCAUCAAUGCUCUUGGAGAAGGCGAUCUGCAGAAAGCUCUGGAUCUUUUUACUGAAGCCAUCAGGCUGAACCCCUGCGUUGCCAUCCUUUAUGCCAAGAGGGCCAGUGUCUUCAUCAAGAUGCAGAAGCCCAACGCAGCCAUCAGAGACUGUGACAGAGCCAUCAGCAUCAACCCCGACUCUGCGCAGCCCUACAAGUGGAGGGGAAAAGCUCACAGGCUGCUUGGUCACUGGGAGGAGGCUGCCAGGGAUCUGGCUACAGCCUGUAAACUGGACUACGAUGAGGAUGCCAGCGCGUUGCUAAAGGAGGUCCAGCCGAAGGCUAAUAAAAUCCAGGAGCACAGACGCAAAUAUGAGCGCAAGAGGGAAGAGAAGGAGAUCAAAGAUAAACAAGAGCGCAUAAAGAAAGCCAGAGAGGAGCACGCUCGGGCUCAGAGGGAGGAGGAAGCACGGCACUCUGGAGCUGGAUUCUUCCCAGGUGCCGGUGGUUUCCCAGGUGGAGCUGGUGCUGCUGGCAUGCCCGAUCUCGGCGAUCUCUUCAAGGAUCCCGAGCUGCUCAACGCCAUGAAGGACCCUGAGGUGAUGGCAGCCUUCCAGGAUGUGGCACAGAACCCGGCCAACAUUUCCAAGUACCAGAACAAUCCUAAAGUCAUGGCCCUCGUCACCAAGCUGAGUUCCAAAUUCGGAGCUCCCCCGCAGCCGUAAACAGCCGGGCACCGGGACUGAACGAUCCAGAGAGCAACGCUUUUCGACAAUUUUUCACUGUGUUUAGUUAAAGGGGGACGAUGGGUCAACUGGUGAGGUGAGAAGUUGGGCAACCUUUUAAAUAAAUGUUCUUAAUCAGCCAGUUAGAAACAUCUAAACAAAGCAUCUCUACGGUUGGUAAUCAGGUCGAUACGUGGACAACACGUCUCAGCUGGGGCUUUAUUUAACAACAGGUCGACUUUUUUUUAUUUUACGUCUAAAACAGCCGCACCGCAGGCCUCUACAUUAACACUAGUGUUUUUACAGCCAUUUAAUACGCGGUUUAACCUCUGUUCCCUCUCUGAACACAGCCGAACCUCACACGAGAGCGUCGGCACGUUUUGUUAUCAGAUCUGUUCUAAAUGCAAAAAAAAUAAGUGUUGAUGUUUCACCCUGUUGGAAAAUAAAUGUACACAAUAAAACUU